AUGGGAUUACUCGGACAUCAUCAUGGACAAGGUGGUCCAGAACCACCUCAUAAACCAUCUCUCGGUGAGAAGAUCCUAGGACAUGGCAAAAAUCAUAAUGGAGGUCCACAGGGUGGUCCAGGCGGUCCAGGUGGAGGGUACGGUGGUCAAGGAGGCUUCAAUGGACAAGGAGGACCAGGAGGUUAUCAAGGUGGUGGUGGUGGACCAGGCUUUGGGGGUCCAGGUCAAGGCCAAGGUCAAGGGUACGGUGGUGGUGGUGGUGGACCAGGAGGCUUUGGUGGACCGGGUGGACCGGGUGGACAAGGCGGUUUCGGUGGUGGUGGUGGACCUGGUGGAUAUGGCGGUGGUGGACCUGGUGGACAAGGUGGUUUCGGAGGUGGACCGGGUGGUGGUCCAGGAGGACAAGGUGGCUUUGGAGGUGGACCAGGUGGUCAUGGAGGUCAUCAUGGUGGUGGUCCAGGUGGACAAGGUGGGUUCGGAGGUGGUCCAGGUGGGUUCGGAGGUGGACCAGGACAAGGGGGACCCGGAGGUGGUUUUGGUGGGGGUGGACCCGGAGGACCAGGUGGACCAGGUGGAAGAUAUUAG